AUGGUGGCAGUGCAGGACGUAGCAGCGAUGGUGCAGCAGGGCAGGACGCAAAGAAGCGAUGCCGGCAGUGCAGGACGCAGCAGCGACGGCGGCAGUGACGGAGCAGUGACGGCGGCAGUGCAGGACGCAGCAGCGACGGCGGCAGCGCAGGACGCAGAAAGGACGGCGGCAGAAAGCGACGGCGGCAGCAGCAGGCGACCAGCAGCGACGGCGGCAGCGCAGGACGCAGCAGCGACGGCGGCAGCGCAGGACGCAGCAGCGACGGCGGAGCGCAGGACGCAGCAGCGACGGCGGGCAGCGCAGGACGCAGCAGCGACGGAGCGACGGCAGUGCAGGACGCAGCAGCGAUGGCAGGCAGGACGACAGCAGCGAUGCAGGCAGUGCAGGAUGCAGCAGCGAUGGCGGCAGUGCAGGAUGCAGCAGCGAUGGCAGCGCAGGGACGGCAGCGAUGGCGGCAGUGCAGGACGCAGCAGCGAUGCAGGCAUGCAGGACGCAGCAGCGAUGCGUGGCAGUGCAGGACGUGCAAAGCGAUGGCGGCAGGGGACGCAGCAGCGACGGCAGCGCAGGAAGCAGUGA